AUGGCUCCCUGCAACUCUAGAUCUCUCAACAUCCUAGUUCUCCUCUUUCAGUUGUUGUCUCUCUUUGUCUCCCUUGCAAGCCCACUCUCUUUCAACUUGACUGGCAACAAACUGAAUGAACCAAACUUGAACCUCUCCGGCGACGCCUACUUUGACGGCAGCAGCAUCCAACUCACCAGUAACCAGAAGAAUGCUCCCAGUAACCAAAGCUUUGGAAGCGCCACAUAUCUUGAACCGGUGCCUCUUUGGCACAAAGCUUCAGGAACGCUCGCCAACUUCACCACAAAUUUCAGUUUCGGUAUCGACAGCGGAGAAAGUGAAGGUGCCGAUGGGCUUGCCUUCUUCCUCUCGCCCUUCCCUUUUGAGGCUCCACGGAAUUCAUCCGGUGCAGGUCUUGGACUAUUUAGUGUUUCUGGCAAUACUACAUGGGAGAAUGAUGUGGUGGCUGUGGAAUUUGAUACCUUCUUAAACCGUGCGUUCAACGAUACGAGCUCCCACCAUAUGGGCAUCGACAUUUGGUCGAUCUCUUCUAAAAAGCAGUUGGACUUGAAUGCUACCAUCAGUGAGAAUGGACGAUUCAUUGCAUCCGUUAGUUAUAACGCUAUUACCCUGAAUUUGAGCGUCUUCCUCAGUGAUGUUGCAAAUCCUGGGAGGAAUUGGAGCUUGUUUUAUGUUGUGGACUUGAGGGACUACCUGCCUGAGAAUAUAGCCGUUGGUUUCUCGGCGGCCACCGGGGACCUUUACGAGUCUCAUAGCAUCUAUUCCUGGUAUUUCAUGUCCUCCAAUUUGCAAUCCAAGAAGGAGAGUAAGAGAUUAGUGGUGGGCCUUAGCGUCGGUAUUGGGAUCUUGCUAUGUGGGUUGGGUUUAGUGUGGUAUGCAGUGUGGCGUAAGAGGGCUGGUGGAGGGAUGGAAGCAGAAGAAGAAGAGAUGGCUCUUGAAUUGUCCAUCAAUAAUGCAUUCGAGAGAGGUGGCGGCCCUAAGAAAUUUUCUUACAGUGCACUCGCGAUUGCAACCAGAAAUUUUGUUGAGGAGGCAAAGCUUGGGGAAGGGGGUUUCGGGGAGGUUUACAAGGGAGUGUUGCAUGACACGAAGCAAGAAGUGGCAAUCAAAAGGAUUUCUAGAGAUUCUAAGCAAGGGAAGAAGGAGUACAUAUCGGAAGUGACGAUUAUAAGCCGGUUGAGGCAUCGCAAUCUUGUGCAACUCAUUGGCUAUUGCCACGAAAGAGGUGAUUUGUUACUUGUCUACGAGUACAUGUCUAACAAAAGCCUUGAUUACCAUCUAUACAGCGAGGAGAGAUUGCUAACAUGGCCAGAGAGGUACCACAUCGCGUUCGGCUUGGCCUCGGCACUAUUGUAUCUUCACGAAGAGUGGGAGCAGUGUGUGGUCCAUAGAGAUGUGAAGCCAAGCAACCUGAUGUUGGAUUCAGGAUUCAAUGCUAAGCUUGGUGACUUUGGGCUAGCAAGGCUUGUCGAUCAUGAAAGCAACAUGCAAACAACGGUUAUGGCUGGGACGAGGGGAUACAUCGCACCUGAAUAUGCUACUACAGGAAAAGCUAGCAAAGAAUCGGAUGUAUACAGCUUUGGAGUAGUUUUACUAGAAAUUGUAUGUGGUAGAAAACCAAUUGAUGUAAAAGAGAAGCCAGACAAGGUGAGCUUGGUAGAGUGGGUAUGGGAGCUUUAUGGAAAAAAUAUGUGUUUAACAGCAGUGGAUAAAGAAUUAAAGCUGAAAUUUGAGGAGAAACAAGUGGAGCGCUUUAUGGUUGUAGGACUGUGGUGUGUCCAUCCAGAUCAUAAUUUAAGACCGUCAAUAAGACAAGCGAUUAAUGUUCUAAAAUUUGAUGCUCCACUGCCCGAUCUGCCAUCAAAGAUGCCUGUGGCAAUGUAUUUUCCUCCAAUGGAUAUUUCUAACUUGAUCUCUACAUCAUCAUCGUCUGGUGGACCUUCAGUUAGCAGCUACUCUUCAAGUUCCAACUCAAAUAUUCACAAGAGUUAUUUUGAGUAAGCAAUUGAAAUAUAUUUUAAAGAUUGAGCUUUUUUUUUUCUAGGAGGUUUGAUAUGUUAUCAUUGGACUUGCAAAUUAGCCUUAUAUAUUUAUCAUGUAACAUGGUGAGGAGAUUGCUUCUUAAUGCUAUCAUGUACCUAUCUCGUGGCA